AUGACAGCAACAGAAGAUCUAACCAGCGUCGAAUGGCGUGAUAUGAACUGGCUUGAAAGAUUUGGAGGCUUUCAAAAUCAACAAAUGGUAAUGGAUUACUUUGCCCUUUCACCAUUUUGGGAUCGUCAAAGCAAUAAUCAAGUAUUAGCAAUGCAAACACAGUAUAACGAUCUCAGACAACCAUACGAAGAAACAGUGGAAGCACUCCGUAAAAUGACAGGCAUUGAAUUUGCUAUUGUUCACGAGCAGCCACCGAUUUGGAUUAUACAAAAACGAUAUAGACGUGGACCUCAACCAGAUGAUGUUAACCCGAUCGCAACUUACUAUAUUAUGGGCGCCAACGUAUACCAAUCGCCAACUAUUUAUUCCGUGCUCGCCAAUCGUUUGCUGACGAGUUUAUUCCAUGUAAACAGUGCUUUUAAAGCGGCACAGAGAAUGAUGGAAUUUAAGCCUUCAAGAGGUUACAGUUGGAAAACCAAUGCAACCUCAGUGCAGCAGAGUACACCGGCCUCAGCAAAUCAAGAUCUCGGCAACAGCACUGCAGGCGCAUCUUCAACAACAGCGGCUACUGCUGAAUCUGCAUCCUCGUCAUCUCCAUCAGAUACUUCGAAUAAAAGUGUCUUACGUGCACAAGAGACACAAGCAUUCAGACACUGGAUUGAUAGAGCGAUUGACAGGUCCUCAUAUAGAAUUGUGCAAUUGAGGCAAGCGCUCACUGAAGAAACAAAAGUAUCAAAUGCUAUACCAGUAUUAUCUGCAGCUUCUGCAGCAGUAACAGGAGAUUCACCAUCACUUCAAAGUAAUGUAUAG